AUGGCCCCUACGGGCCAGGGUACGCUCUGGUCCGAAGUUCUUUGUUGUCCUUUGUGCUCUGUGCUAUUCUCGCUCCAUAAACCGCCAGUAAAUCUGUCGUGUGGUCAUGCGGUGUGUCGAGUAUGUCUCUCUGCUAUGCAGUCGCCUGUGUGUCCUCUCGAUCAAGUUGCAAUGCAAGAAGAAGUACUUCGAUUGAUUCUGCUUACGUUGUCUGAAGGUGCAUUAAUAGCUCGUAAAACAUUGGUUAUGUAUAUUGUACAAACACUCACUGAUGAUUAUCCGCAAGUGUCGAAAACUUGUGUUGGUCAUGUGGUUCAGUUAUUGUAUCGAGCGAGUUGUUUUAAUGUGAUAAAACGUGAUGGCGAAUCGUCAUUGAUGCAACUGAAAACGGAAUUUCGUGACUAUGAAUCAUUAAGACGUGAGCAUGACUCGCAAAUAGUUCAGGUGGCAAUCGAUGCG